AUGGCCGAGAAUGGAUCGAAGCAGAAGAACUCCAAUCAUGUCAAGAACCGACGCGAUGUGAACAAGGAAAUUCGGACGAAACUGGCCACCCUUAACAGAACCCUUCUAUCUAAUAGCAAAGAGAAGAUACGAAGAAUUAGUAGCGCAACCAAAAUUGGAAACCAGAAAUGGAAGUCACUAGAUACCACGCAGAAGGAAAAGAAAGCACCCAGGACGGCGGCAUCAACUGGCUCGCGACAACCUCGGAAGAAGGAAUCGAUCCAGAAAACCCAAGAAUCAGUCAGAGCGAGGAAGCCUGCAGCCAGCAAACCUAAACCAGAACCCGCUAAAGUUGAAGAUGAUAAAACGCAAAUAAUCAACGGAGAUGAUAGUCUCGAGAUGUCACUUACCUCAUCGACUAGGCAGGCAGAGGUGAAAAGCUCGCAAACAGCACGAAAGGUAUCUGCUAAGAAGCAGGCUGAAAAGGGCGCCAAAAAUACUAAGCCUUACACCGACAGACAGCUUAAAAACAAAGUGGAAAAGCUACACAAGUAUGUUUCGUCACCCUUUCUUUUGUUAGAAUAA